AUGUUUUCUGGCAGAAUAAUUAAGCUGGUGGUUUUUGAGCUUCUUGAGUUUGCUGCCUUCUCCGUCCCUACCCUUGUGAUAAUGGAACAGUUUGCUACUGCCUAUCAGAAGACCAGGGAUGGCUUUGACAGGACACACUAUUGGCUCAUUGUUUCCUGCUCCAUUGCCUAUGUGGCUGCAAUGAGUCUCUUGGUCUGGGUUCCGAUAAAAGUCAUCUUAUUCAAGAGAUGGCAUCUUUACCAAAAAAUUGUAGGAUGGAGACCUGUUCUGAUGAUGUGUGUGGUGCUCACCACGCUCCCCAGCUUCAGCUUUUCUAUAGCAGUCACCAAGGUUCAAAAGUAUGUCAAUGGAUCACUUAAUUCAGUGCCUGAUUCCUUACCUGACCUGCCAGUGUCUCUGGUUCUAUUCUCCCUGAUCGUGGUUGACAUUAUUGAGAAACUCAGGAUAUACCCUCUAAGAGGGAGUCAACAAAGUCACGAAGACAAUGACAUCCAUAUAACCUCUUUGCAACAGAUAAAAACUGUGACAGAACAGGUGGUACAUGGUGGUGGAAAUCCUGAAUCUGCCCAGGCAGCCAAGCCCACUGUGAUGUCCCAGUCCCACCACCACUACAUGACAGCACUGGUGGGGCCACUGGAGCCCUCAUUUCACUCUGGAAUCCUGAGGACAAUGUCUCACAGAGAUGUCCGAGCCCAGCUGUUCCUGCAAAGCUUCCUCACGUGGUCAGACACUGUAGAAAUGCUGCGUGUGGCUGGGCACCACUCCGUGUACAAGUCGGGUUGGCUGUACCCGGUCUACAUAUUCAGUUACAUAUCUCUCCUGCGAAUGGUCUUCACGCCUAAGAACCCUCUUCUCAGUUCCAUGGGGGUCCUGCUACAGGAUUUCCCCUUUAUUUUCCUUAGACUCAGUUUGAUCAUUGCCCUGGGGACUAUCACACCAGUACUGGGCCUGUGCAAAAAUAUUCUAGUGACUGUCUCCUAUAUUUACUUCAAUUAUGUCACCAAACUCAGGCCUUUCUCUGCCUUUGAAACCUCUCCAUUUUAG